GCUUCCAAGCCGUGUCAUUCAGGUAUCAUCUCUUCACCGAGGAAUGGGUUCCAUGAAACGCGGAAAUUGGGCGAAGGUUCGUGGUGCAUGGCUGCCAAUAUGACUUGCGUUCAACAUGGACAUCUGAUCGUCGGCCUGAUCUGCCGUCCGGCACGGUCCUAAUACGAGCAUGGCAAUUCCAGUAACUUUGAAAGCGACGUUACGCCAAAUGCGUUGGUGUUGUGCUCACCGCCUUCGGCAUUAUAGCAUAUUCGUUUGGUUUUCUCGGCUUCCAUGUCGCAGCGUCGCGGGAUCCAGCGGGCCACCUUCUCGGCGGGCACCGAGACCGCAUAGCACGCAUCGUCUCUUGCUCAGCGCCCAAUGGCCGAUCAAGCACAAGCGGACUACGGGCACCGAGACUCGUAAGCAUUGUUAUCAAUCAGCAAUAGCGUCAUCCACAUAUCGUGGGCGCGAAGGAUCUUGUUCGUCUCUCUUGUGGUUUCCUUGCCUACUCCAUGGUUUCAUCGUGAUCUGCUUCUGCCCUUUCCUCAUCUUGUCCUGGCGCUUCGAUGUUUGCGGAACAACAUUUCACCAACUCUGCUGUGUUGAUUGCUAUAUACAGAUUUGGACAGAUCAUCGAGGAUACUUUUCACCUGCCAAACUGAGCGAAGGACACUGACAUCGCGGGUCACUGCCUGUCUGCGUACUUGCUGUUACUGAUGUCUUGAGAUGUAGGCCGCCGUGCCGUGCCUUGCUUUUGGGGUGUUCAUGUGGAACCUAUGACGACAGUAUCAUGCUGGCGUCACACGGAGCCAAGUAUGGCUCUCAGUACUCCGGCUGAAUGGGUGCCAUCUCAGUUGCUCCACGGAGCUGUCCAUCUAAGGAGGCAUGACAUCUGUUGCGGCCUCUGCAUGCUCUGCGUGGUCGC